UUAAUUAUUUCCUUUAUCACUUUAGGUAUUUCUGGGAAAAGCCAGCUUCUGUUUGCACUGGUCUUCACUACCCGUUAUCUGGACCUCUUCACUUCAUUCAUUUCAUUGUAUAACACAUCUAUGAAGCUCAUCUACAUCGCUUGCUCGUACGCCACCGUGUACCUGAUCUACAUGAAGUUCAAGGCCACCUACGAUGGAAACCAUGACACCUUCCGAGUGGAGUUCCUGAUAGUUCCUGUUGGUGGGCUCUCUUUUCUUGUCAAUCAUGACUUCUCUCCACUGGAGAUACUGUGGACCUUCUCCAUCUAUCUUGAAUCGGUUGCUAUUCUCCCUCAACUUUUUAUGAUCAGCAAAACUGGGGAAGCAGAGACCAUCACUACUCACUAUCUUUUCUUCUUGGGUCUGUACCGUGCCUUGUACUUAGUCAACUGGAUUUGGCGCUACUACUUUGAGGGAUUUUUUGACCUCAUAGCUGUUGUUGCUGGUGUGGUCCAGACCGUUCUGUACUGUGACUUCUUCUAUUUGUAUGUUACAAAAGUUCUCAAGGGAAAGAAGCUCAGUUUGCCAGCGUAAGUGCCAAAACAUCACCAGCAUCUGUCCUUUUGGAUGCUUGGACAGAACAAUCCUUAUCACAAGCAAAGGUGAAGAUGCUUGAGACAGAAAGUCAGAAACACAGCUCUUUAUAGUGCAGGUAGUCAUCAGCGGCUCUGUAAGAACGGAGGAAAAACAACCAGCAGAUUUCUGUUUGAUGCAUCUUGCCUUUAUCUUUUUUAUUACUA